CGUGUCCGUGUCCCUGCUCCUCCGUUUGAAAACACCUAUCUGCGGCAAGCCCUAACGCUCGCACAAGGUGAGGGCCAACCCCAUGGAACCCAUCCUGCUCGAAGACGACGAUUCCACCGAUCGAUCUCAAGGUGAUGGGAUCCGUCCAAUUCCAGGUAUGGAGUCUGUCAUCGUUACGGUGAGUGGAUACCAUGGUACGGAGAGGUUUAAACUCAUCAAGCUUAUUGCACAAACUGGUGCUAGUUUUGUGGGAGCUAUGGGAAGAUCCACAACUCAUUUGGUAUGCUGGCGGUUUGAAGGUAAAAAAUAUGAAUUGGCAAGGAAUAUUGGAUCACAUUCAAUCAACCAUUGCUGGUUCGAGGCUUGCUUGAAGGAAGGGAAGCGUCUACCUGAGGGACCUUACACCAUGCAGAGUGGGUGGGAAGCAGGGCCAAUAUCAUGGGAAGUGCCUGCCAUUUUGGACACUCAUGGCAAGGAGAAAUGUGUUGUAACCAGAGAAAGGAAUGUGUUAUCUGAUCAGUCUCAUGCUUCAAAUUGUAGCAGAGCAGCAGAGAUUGAUGCAAGGUGUUUUGAUGUUGAAUGCUUGCAUUGGUCUGAUUCACACCUAUUAAAAGAAAACUUUUUUCUAACUUGGGACACUGAGAUGAUGGGUUCCAAGAAUGUUAGAAAAAUCAGAAAAGCUUCAAAGCAGGGUGCCAAAUCAAGCAAUAAAGGCCAUCUUGGUCCACCUAAUAUUCGUCUAUAUCCUCAGCCUGAAGAGUCUAGUUCCUUUUCAUCUUUGUGCUCAUCAAGGAACAAGAGGAGCCUGUUUCAUUCUACACAAAAUGAUGUCACCGGUGAGCCAGCUCACAGAAGUCGUCGCCUUGUGAAGAAAAAUGCAUCCUUCAAUCAUUUGAAUGAUGUCAUAUCAGACUCCAGGCAAGAACAUUACUUAACAGAAAGCAGUGGCCAUCUUGAUUUGCUUGAUUAUGAGGGAAAUAGGACACAAGGGCUUGAACAGGUUGAGGACAUAGAAGGGCCAAGAGACCAUCCUCUUUCGGAAGUGCCAGAGAGUUCAAGAAGUUGCCAUGCAUUGUUGGAGCAUGAAAUAAAUUCUAAGGACAAGCACUGUCAAUACACAAGGGAAAAUAUUGAUUCUUCUGAUUUUGGAAUGAAUCAUGAUCAACAAAGUAAAGAAGACAAUCAAUCUGAAUCAGGCAGUGUAUGUAAACAAGCUGAAUUGUCAUGCGUGAUUUGCUGGACCGACUUUUCUUCAAUUAGAGGUGUUCUACCUUGUGGGCAUCGGUUCUGUUAUUUGUGCAUUCUAGGAUGGGCUGAUUGUAUGGCAUCAAGAGGAAAAAUUUCGACUUGCCCUCUUUGCAAAGCUAGUUUCACAAGCAUUAGAAAGAUGGAGGCUGGUUCUCCUGACCAGAAGAUAUACUCGCAAACUAUUCCUUGUGGGUCUUCAAACACAGAUUUGACGCUCUUUGAUAAAGGAAAUUACAACCUGGAAACAUGGACCCCAGAUUUUGUUUGUUAUCAAUGCCACAAUCGUGAACCUGAGGAUCUUCUCAUAAGCUGCCAUAUAUGUCAGACGCACUGGGUACAUUCUUGCUGUUUGGAUCCUCCAUUGGUUCCUUGGACAUGCAUUCACUGCAGGGAUCUCCGAAUGCUGUAUCAGCGCUUCCGCUAAUAUGUGGAUUUUUCCUUUUUUUUCCAAUACAAAUGCAAUGAUUAAUUUGCAACUCGAAUCAUAUUCUUCUAUGAAUAUUAUCUGAUUGAUUUAUCCAAGUGUUUUUAUUGAGCGUAUAAUGUUGGAAAGAAGUUCAAACUUAAUGCUUUUGUUUGUAAAUUAUAGAAUUUCUAAUUAUAUGGAUUACAUGGGAGGUGGAUGAGAAUCCUGUUGACGAGA